AUGGCCAUGCUACUGCAAACCGCUCGCGUCCGAGUGAGGGAUCGCUGCUAUGUCGACCACGUCGUGCGGGCACUGGUCGACACGGGAGCGGAGACGUCGCUGGUGACGAAAUCACUGGCCCAACGACUGCGAUUGCCGCGAUCGCGAUCGGCCUUCGCCGUCUUCGGGGUCUGUGGGAAGAAAUCCGGGGUAUCGCGCAGUCUCGUCGAGCUGCAGGUAUCGCCUCGGGAGGGCGGUCCGUCGUUGCUGGUCUCUGCGUUAGUUCUUCCGCGAAUAACGUUGUACGAGAGCGGUUUCCGGGCGGCUCCGAGCGCCUGGUCACACUUGAGCGGUAUCACCCUCGCCGACCUGGAGUUUCUAGAGCUAGAUCCGGUGGACAUCCUUCUAGGAGUAGACGUUUACAGCACCAUUAUUCGAACGGGAGCGAGGCUGGGCGAGCGAGGCCAGCCUGCUGCACAACUCACUGCGCUGGGAUGGUUAGUCUCCGGACCAGUCGGUCCAGCGGGGCCCCCCGACCGCUCACUGUCCCUGCAAUGCAGGAUCGAGGAGGACCUUUUCAGUCUGGUGAGGAACUUCUGGCAGUUGGAUGACCUGCCCACGGGUCCUGCGCCCCUCACUCCCUCCGAGCAGGAGUGUGAGGAUCUCUACCGACGUUCACAUAGCCGACAGUCGGAUGGCUGUUACGUCGUGCGGCUGCCAGUGGUUGCCCCUCUGCCCGACAUGGCAGCCACCAAGCAUGCCGCUUCCCGUGUUCUGACGGGCACGGAGAAGCGAUUGGCACGAGUGCGUCAUAUGUACGUGGACUUCAUGAGGCAGUAUGAAGACUUGGGCCACAUGACACCGGUGCGAGCUGACCGAGCUGCCGAGGAUCGUGUAAACUAUCUACAUCAACACGGGGUCCUGCGGGAGUCCAGUUCCACCACAAAGCUGCGUGUAGUCUUCAAUGGUUCUACGACGGUCCAGUCCGGCGAUUCUCUCAACCGGAGCCUCCUGGUGGGCCAGAACCUGCUGCCUCCACUCGCCGACGUUCUCCUGAGGUGGCGACUUCCUUGCUACGUCCUUGCCACGGACAUAGAAAAAAUGUACCGGCAGAUUCUGGUCCACCCUGAGGACCGGGAUCUUCAGCGCAUCUUGUAG